CCGCUCCGUUUACUACUCACUGCAGUCUGCACCUGGAACGUGGCUUUACUACACAUUACCUGGUCUUGAGCUUAUAAUCGCGAAAAAUACAACAUGGCUCGCCUUUAUACCCCAUGGCUUCUUUCUUUAUACUUCUUGUUAUCAGCUCUUCUCCCCAUUUUUGUUUCUGCUCACAUGAUCGAGGUGGCCGCAUCGAGGAAAGAGUGUUUCUUCGAAGACCUUCAUGUUAACGACCAGAUGACUGUAACUUACCAGGUCGGUGGAGGUGGUCAUCUAGACAUAGAUUUUUGGCUUGCCGACCCGGAAAACAACGCGCUAGCAAAACAUAUAAAGCAAAAUACCGGUAGUGUUUCGAUAACAGCAGAAAAAGAUGGCAGACAUGAAUAUUGCUUUUCGAACCAAAUGAGCUCAAUUGCUGAUAAAACUGUCAGCUUCAACGUACACGGUAUCAUCUACAUUACUGAUGACGACAUCGUUGCACCUAUCGAGCGAGAAAUACGUUCAUUGGCACAUGGACUAACCUCUGUGAAAGAUGAACAGGAGUAUAUAGUUGUUCGCGAGCGGAGGCACAGAAAUACCGCUGAAUCUACAAAUACUCGUGUGAAGUGGUGGUCGGUUCUUCAAGCGAUAGUGCUGUUCUCUGUUGUUGGCUGGCAAGUCUAUUACCUCAAGUCUUUCUUCGAAGUAAAACGUAUAAUUUGAUUGAUGUACACACUGGCACGGUUUUACAUGGGACAAUGAUUAUUCUCUAAAACCUCUACUU